AGGACGGGAUUUGUGCAAACUCCACUUCACACUGCGGGGAGAUGACUGACGUGCUGCGGCUGCUGUCCCAGGCGGACAGGAAGGAUUUACCCACUCUCUCCCUGCUCUCUGAAAAUGAUAUUGACAGUAUUUGGGCUGAUGUAUCCGCUUACAUUGAACGACAGAUGGCAUUACAGAAGGGGGUCACUCUGGCAGGAUUGGGGACGUUCACCUUCUCUCAGCAGAGGCUGGAUCUUGGGAACAGGUCUACCGUGAUCCAACGACCCAUCUUCAUCCUAGCAGGGAAACUGCUCCAGUCUCUGGGUUUAAAGCAGACCAGGCCAUUGGCUGCAGCGACACACCUGCCGGUGGUGCAGCUAAACUUUGCAGCCGUGUCCCAGGAGACUCCGUUCAGUCGAGACGUGGUGGAGGGCUGCGUGAGAGAAACUCUUCUGUUCCUCUUCAGAGCUUUGGCCUCUGAACGAAACGUGUUGGUCACGUUCCAGGGGAUUGGAGUUCUGUCCUUCACAAACAACAAGGUCCGGAUGAAGUUCAACAGAUAUUUUAUUAAUGCCAUGGAUGGAACUGGUAGGAUGCUGUUAGCCUUUAACAAAAGAACUGGCAGCAGUGUCUCUUUACUGUCUGGUGGCGUGUCCAGGCUGCAGAGGCCACAGACGGUCAACCCCAUCACCCUGCCAACCGUCUGCUCCCCUCAACCCCCCCACAAAGACACAGACACAGAUGGAUGGUGCAUGUCAGCAGCUCCAGACCAGAGGAAUGCAGAAGACGUCCCCCAACAGAGAGACUCUAAACCGCAACUGACACUGCAACCUGCCAAGAUGAAAGCUAUCAAUCUUUUUGAAGAUGUGAAUCCAAAACCCCCGACGGAGGCCACCACGGACAAGCCUGUCACCUUCAUCUCCCCACCAGAGGGCGCUUCCACCAAACCGGAGGAACCUUGUGUGAGAGAUAGCUGCUCUGGCCACACUCGAGCUGGACAGGAGCUGUGCUACCUGUGCAUGCAGCGGGCCCGGAGAAAUGUCCCGGUGUACCUGAGGGAGCAGCAACAGGCAGAGGAGAAAGCUCGGGACAAACUCCUGCUGCUGAAAGAACAACAGAGGGACAAGCGGUGCAUGGAGGAAGAACAGGAAAAGCUGUGUGAGCAUCGUGAGCAUGCAAAGCAGGUCGCUACAUAUAACCUGCUCAUGUCAGAGAAGAAAGAGAAGACGGGUCCUCUGUACCCUACUUCCUUCAUCUUCCCGGCUCGGCCGCUCACUCCUGUCAAACGGAUUCAGCAGCACCGUUACAUGAAAGAUCUCCAGAGCCAGGUCGAGAGCCGGCAGGAGCGCGAGGCUCAGGACCACCAGAGCCGACUUAUACUGGAGCACCUAGACCAGGUCCAGCUGGUGCAGGAGAUAGCUUUGCAGAAGGCUCAGCAGCUCCAGCAGAAACACGAGAAGACGAAGCAUUACAAGAGAGCUCUAGACACUCAGGUGGAGGAUAAGAAGCCCACAGAGCCUCCAGAGUGCCAGACUGACCACUCCGUGUUCAACCGCUGUGAGACGGCAGCCAGGAGCACAGAGAGCCGGGACAGGGCACAGAAGCUCUUUCAGGUAAAUUUCAGUACAGCCACUCAGAGGAAAAAUGAAGAACUGCACAGCCGCCAGGCCCGGCUGGAGAAAGAAAGACAAAUGCUCAAAAGCAGCAAAACGGAGCUAAUCCUGGACCGCAUUAAUCGCUUUGAGAAGAGGCAGCACCUCAGCAAGUCACUGGAGGACGAGUGGAGUCGCAGCAUGAAACUCAAACACCGACGAGAGGAAGAGGAGAAGCGCUUCCUCAGGUCUGCUGGUCAGCUGCUGGUCGAUAAGCUGGCACAGUACCAGCGCUGCUGCCAGUGUAAGAGGAGGACCACUAACUUGGGAGAGACGAACAUCUGGAAGGACUCCUAUUACCUCUCUGGCUCACAGUACAUGAUCUGAUGAUGAACAUCUGAACCUCACAGUCUGAACCAGACCUCAACACCUGUUACUGUUUAAUGUGAGAUUUACUCUUGUUUUUUUCCCUGAAAUUCAACUUUGAAGUAUUUGUUGCCGUUUUCUUUUGGGAUUUUUAAUCAUGAAAAUAGUUAAGAAUCAAAUCUGUAAUGAGUUAUUUAGUUUGGUUGAGAGUUACAGUGUGUUAAUAUGAGACUAUUGUAAAUUUUCCGAUAAUCCUACUCACACUUCAAUGCAUCCACUUGUUUACACCAUUCACUGUAUAUAAAGAUGGACAGAGAAAGAUGGAGGCCAAACUGUCUCAGUCGCCCCCUGGUGGAUGGCCACAUUAUAGGUCAUAAAUCCCAUCUCCUCCAUGUCUGCAGAUGAGACACGCACCAAACCAAACAGUCAAAGGAAACGUUACAUUUAUUUCUUCCUCAAAUAUGGUUUCUGACAUUUUAGGUAGUUGUUAUGACACUGAUGUUUGUUGAAGUGUUUAUUCUACUGAUGAGUUUGGUUUGAAUCAGUUAUUUAAUGCUGAAACUAACUCACCAUUGGUCGAGCAUGUUUAGCAAUAGGACCCCCCCCCCCCCCCCCCCCAUAUCACUAACACAACUUUGUCUGAUUUAAGCAGCUUUGCAGCAGCGGAGCUCUUUGACGAAUCCUCCGUUUGAAUGUGGUUUCAGCUUCUUAGUCAUUUGCUGACCCAUCACCAAACUUGCCUGCUCAUGAAAGCUGCUUGUUGUGCACAAAUGUCCAUUUUAACUUUAUCCAAGCACAUUUGUGUGUUUUACAACUCAUGCACUUUAGCUUCAUGCUUUGAGGUUGUCCUCUUUCAUCGCUGUGACCGUGACCCCACACAUUAUCCAUCCGGACUGGUCUUUCACUUCAGCAAAAAAAAAUGAAUCAUGACUCAUGUCUUUCCUUUACCUUGACUGUGACCUUACAACCAGAGGGCUCACGCUGAAUAACAUCUGAGUCAAUGUUAUGUUACAUUUAUCACAGAAUAAAAUUAAUUGCUGUCAUGUCAUGUUUUUUUUUAUUCUCUUGAUAGCCAUAUAAGUUCCCCACUCUUGUUUCCACUGUGUAUUCCAUGAGGGGAUCCUAAACAAAGUAUUACAUUUGAGACACAGUGGUAAUGUGUAGAAUUGGAAACAAUGUAUGAGAGGAUCAAGUACAGUGGUUGUAAUGCAGAUAGAAGAUUAAUUGA